CUCCGCUGGCUCCGCUGGCUCAGCGGGCGCUCGGCUCGGCUCGGCCGCGGGGCGCGCAGGCGGCUGCCCGGCGGCCUCGGUGCGCGCCUCCCGCCCUCCCGGAGACGGGGCGCGAGGCCCGGGCCCCGAGCGCCGACUGCGGGGAUCCCCGACGCCAGGAGGGGGUGCAGCCGUGGGCAGCGCCGCGCAGGGAGGGGCCGCAGCAUCCUCGCCCCCUGCGCGCCCGGGCCCGAGAGGAGGAGGCCGGGGCUCUCCGGGCCUCCCGACGCUGAGCCUGACGCUGGAGGGGCGAAGGUGAGUGAAGGUGGCAGAGAGGAUGUGACCGACACUCACCCUUGUCCACCUGCCCAGUGGCACCGCCAUGCAGAAGCCCAGCGGCCUGAAGCCCCCCGGCCGUGGGGGGAAGCACUCCAGUCCCAUGGGCCGGACGUCCACCGGGUCAGCUUCAUCCUCAGCAGCGACAGCCACUGGCUCCAAGGAAGGCUCCCCGCUACACAAGCAGUCAUCGGGACCCUCCUCCUCCGCGGCCGCAGCUGCCGCCCCCGAGAAGCCAGGCCCCAAGGCGGCCGAAGUGGGCGAUGACUUCUUGGGGGACUUUGUGGUGGGCGAGCGGGUGUGGGUGAACGGCGUGAAGCCAGGCGUGGUGCAGUACCUGGGCGAGACGCAGUUUGCGCCGGGCCAGUGGGCUGGCGUGGUGCUGGAUGACCCGGUGGGCAAGAAUGACGGCGCGGUGGGUGGCGUGCGCUACUUCGAGUGCCCGGCUCUCCAGGGCAUCUUCACACGGCCCUCCAAGCUGACCCGGCAGCCCACGGCCGAGGGCUCGGGUAGCGAUGCCCACUCCGUGGAGUCGCUGACUGCCCAGAACCUGUCACUGCAUUCGGGCACGGCCACACCCCCGCUGACCAGCCGCGUCAUCCCCCUGCGGGAGAGUGUCCUCAACAGCUCCGUGAAGACGGGCAACGAGUCGGGCUCCAACCUCUCGGACAGCGGCUCUGUGAAGCGGGGUGACAAGGACCUGCGCCUGGGGGACCGCGUGCUGGUCGGUGGGACGAAGACUGGCGUGGUGCGGUACGUGGGGGAGACAGACUUUGCCAAGGGCGAGUGGUGUGGCGUGGAGCUGGACGAGCCUCUUGGGAAGAAUGACGGAGCGGUGGCAGGCACCAGGUACUUCCAGUGCCCACCCAAAUUUGGUCUCUUUGCACCCAUCCACAAGGUGAUCCGUAUUGGCUUCCCAUCUACCAGCCCAGCCAAGGCCAAGAAGACCAAGCGUAUGGCCAUGGGUGUGUCAGCACUGACCCACAGUCCCAGCAGUUCCUCCAUCAGCUCUGUCAGCUCUGUGGCCUCCUCCGUGGGGGGCCGGCCCAGCCGCAGUGGCCUGCUCACGGAGACCUCCUCACGCUACGCCCGAAAGAUCUCGGGCACCACGGCCUUGCAGGAGGCACUGAAGGAGAAGCAGCAGCACAUUGAGCAGUUGCUGGCCGAGCGAGACCUGGAGCGGGCCGAGGUGGCCAAGGCCACGAGCCACAUCUGUGAGGUGGAGAAGGAGAUCGCCCUGCUCAAGGCGCAGCAUGAGCAGUAUGUUGCAGAAGCCGAGGAGAAGCUGCAACGAGCCCGGCUGCUGGUGGACAGCGUGCGGAAAGAGAAGGUAGACCUGUCCAACCAGCUGGAGGAGGAGAGGAGGAAGGUGGAGGAUCUGCAGCUUCACAUGGAGGAGGAGUCCAUCACCAAGGGAGACCUGGAGACCCAGACGCAGCUGGAGCACGCGCGCAUUGGGGAGCUGGAACAGAGCCUGCUACUGGAGAAGGCGCAGGCCGAGCGGCUGCUCCGAGAAUUAGCGGACAACAGGCUGACCACAGUGGCCGAGAAGUCCCGGGUGCUGCAGCUGGAGGAGGAGCUCACCCUGCGACGCGGUGAGAUCGAGGAGCUGCAGCAGUGCCUGCUGCACUCGGGACCCCCGCCCCCGGACCACCCCGACGCCGCCGAGACCCUGCGGCUGCGGGAGCGGCUGCUGUCGGCCAGCAAGGAGCACCAGAGGGAGAGCGGGGUGCUGCGGGAUAAAUACGAGAAGGCCCUGAAGGCCUACCAGGCGGAGGUGGACAAGCUCCGUGCGGCCAACGAGAAGUACGCGCAGGAGGUGGCGGGCCUGAAGGACAAGGUUCAGCAGGCCACCAGCGAGAACAUGGGGCUCAUGGACAACUGGAAAUCCAAGCUGGACUCGCUGGCCUCGGACCACCAGAAGUCCCUGGAGGACCUCAAGGCCACCCUGAACUCGGGCCCAGGCGCCCAGCAGAAGGAGAUCGGCGAGCUGAAGGCGGUGAUGGAGGGCAUCAAGAUGGAGCACCAGCUGGAGCUGGGUAACCUGCAGGCCAAGAAUGACCUGGAGACCGCCGUGCACGUGAAGGAGAAGGAGGCCCUGCGGGAGAAGCUGCAGGAGGCCCAGGAGGAGCUGGCCGGGCUGCAGCGGCACUGGCGGGCCCAGCUGGAGGUGCAAGCCAGCCAGCACCGGCUGGAGCUGCAGGAGGCCCAGGACCAGCGCCGGGACGCCGAGCUGCGCGUGCAUGAGCUGGAAAAGCUGGACGUGGAGUACCGGGGCCAGGCGCAGGCCAUCGAGUUCCUCAAGGAGCAGAUCUCGCUGGCCGAGAAAAAGAUGCUGGACUACGAGCGGCUGCAGCGGGCCGAAGCCCAGAGCAAACAGGAGGCCGAGCGGUUGCGGGAGAAGCUCCUGGUGGCCGAGAACAGACUCCAGGCGGUGGAGGCCCUGUGCUCCUCCCAGCACACCCACAUGAUUGAGUCGAAUGACAUUUCAGAGGAGACAAUCAGGACGAAGGAAACCGUGGAGGGUGAGUGGCCCCUGGGCUGGGUGGGACUCUGGGCUCUGGGGAGGGGCUGGCUGGCUCUGCCUUCCUUCUGGAAAAAAAAAAUUAAAAAAAAAAAAAUAAACCACUCAAAACUAUGCAGUGGAGUGUGUCACCUUCAGGCCCUGGAGAAUCAGCGCCUGCCCAGGUCUUUGCCCUUGGGCGGGACAGAGGCUCACGUGUUCCCAAUCCUCUUCCUCCCUUCCCUGCCGCUCACCCCAGCGCUGGAGAGCAAGUGCAAGUCCGGCGAGAAGAAGGUGGACGCCCUCCUGAAGGACAAGCGGCGCCUGGAGGCGGAGCUGGAGGCCGUGUCCCGGAAGACCCACGACGCCUCGGGCCAGCUGGUCCUCAUCAGCCAGGAGCUGCUGCGGAAGGAGCGGAGCCUGAACGAACUGCGGGUGUUGCUGCUGGAAGCCAGUCGCCACUCCCCGGGGCCCGAGAGGGACCUGAGCCGCGAGGUGCACAAGGCUGAAUGGCGCCUCAAGGAGCAGAAGCUCAAGGACGAUAUCCGGGGCCUGCGUGAAAAGCUGACCGGGCUGGACAAGGAGAAGUCCCUGUCGGAUCAGAGGCGCUACUCCCUCAUCGACCCGUCCUCCACGCCCGAGCUCCUGCGGCUGCAGCACCAGCUGAUGAGCACGGAGGACGCCCUGCGGGACGCGCUGGACCAGGCUCAGCAGGUGGAGAAGCUGAUGGAGGCCAUGAGGAGCUGCCCCGACAAGGCCCAGACCAUUGGCAAUUCCGGUUCUGCAAACGGCAUCCACCAGCCGGACAAAGCUCAGAAGCAAGAGGACAAGCACUGACCCCAACGGGAUUCCGUGGAGUGGCCCAGUCCACAACAGAGCCCCCUGAAGCUGCCCGGUGGCACCUCCUCCAGGCAGGAGCCGGGACUCUCACUUUGGAGACAAAACAGUGUUUGAAACAAUAACGUACUCACCGCCGUGGACAAUCCCCCACCCCGAUCCCCUGCCAGACCAGGAAGCUUCCUCAAGCCCGGCCUUCCGCAGAGAGUGAGCAGUACAGCUCUGGCCCGACCCGGGGACCUUCGGCCCGGAUGCCUGGCAGCUUCCAGAGUUUGUCAGUGAAGGCAGAGGGAUCCAGCGAGGCCCAGAAGGAGCUGCCCUGAUGACCAUCUUAGCGCCCCUGUGCUCUUUUUCUGCCUGUUCUCCCUCGGGUCUCCCCAGGAUGCGGGAGGGGGGCUCAGUUUGUCCAUGCAGGCACCAAGGAGGAAAGUCCAGUCUUUAAGGGUCAAAUGGGAGCCCCUUUUCUGAAGCCAUUUCCAGGCCAAGGCAGUCCCCAGGGCUUCUUGUCCCCACCUUCUGAACCUUCUUCAAACAGUGGUACAGGUUCCCCUCAGCCAGCCUGCCUGCCCAGCGAGGCCCCCAGGUUCAAGGUGUUGGCAGGUGGGGAACAGGAUCCUCCCCCCACCGCCCAUCAACACCAACACACACACACACCUCUAAGCUGCUGGCCGAGGAUGUCACCAAGGCCCCAGAGCCACAGUAUUAUGAAGGUUGGGAAGUCCCUCUCCUCACCUCCCACCGUGACCUUGAGCAAACCCUGGCUCGGAGCCUGGGGCAGGGGGAGCCUGGGGUGGAGGCUCCAGGCAGGUUUGACAAA